GAGGAGGAGGAGGCGCUGAGGCAGAGAGAAAAAUCAUACAGUGAGGACCUUGACAGAUUCCCGGGCGGGCGGGCUUUUCUUCGGCUGCUCUAUGUUCUUCCUGGGAUAUUUAUUUUUCUCUUUUACAAACUGACUAUAUAAAACCGCCCCUUCUUUUCAUCUCAGAAAGCAUUUGACUUUCCUUUGGACACCUGGCAAGCUAUCAGGGUAUUUUCCCAGAGGACAGGGACAGGGGAGCAGGUGCAGAGAGCUGGCUUUUUGGGGGGAUGGGGUGGGGGGGGAUGCACUACUUCUCGACUUGAGGAGCUUUUUCUCUCUGCACUCAUCAAGCCGCGAACUCUCAGCAGCGAAGACAGGAGAUCUGAAUAGAGGCUCUCCUCAUCAGGGUGGUGGAUCCAGCUGCCACCACCUCUGGAGCUAGGAAGAGCGCAGACUUCCCUCCCUCCCUUUAGCAUUUUCAGCCUCUCUUCCCUCCGGGUGGUCACCACGGGGGGUCCCUGCAAGCUCUUUCUGGAUUAUAAACUCCUGGUGCCCCAGGACUUCCUCUGUGCUAGACCGGAGGUUUCCCAAAGCCCAGGUCCUGGGAAAACGACCCGGAGUGAGCCUCGAGGCUCUGCAGCGCGCUCACCGUGCUGGUGUGUUCUCCGGCAAGGCGCGCAGCCCCCUUGGCCACCUUUGGCACUCCGUGCACACGGAGAGCAUCCUGCCUCCUGCUCCUUCUCCAAACGCCACUGGCCUCCCCAGAAAGCUCGCCGCCAGGCUACUGGUGUGUGGGCUGCAGUCCCUUGGCUCUCCGUGCAUAAAGCAUGUCGGGCUCCGGGCGAAAAGACUUCGAUGUGAAGCACAUCCUGCGACUCCGCUGGAAACUCUUCAGCCAUCCCUCGCCGGCCUCGGGUGGUAGCCCAGCCGGGGGCAGCUGCCUGCAACCGGACAGUGGAGGCAGCUUUGAGCACUGGGGACCUAGCCAGAGUCGGCUGCUCAAAAGCCAGGAAAAGGGCAGUCUGAGCGCUUUCUGGAAGAAACCUUCUUCCUCCUCCUCCUCCUCGUCCUCAUCGUCUUCUUCACCCUCUCCCUUCAAUCCGCUGAAUGGCACCUUGCUACCAGUUGCCACGAGGCUACAGCAAGGGGCUCCCGGGCAGGGCACCCAGCAGCCAGCCAGGACUCUUUUCUACGUGGAGUCCCUAGAGGAGGAGGUGGUGACAGGCAUGGACUUUCCUGGACCACAGGACAAAGGAUUGGCCCUGAAAGAGCUCCAAGCGGAGCCUGCCAGCUCCAUCCAGGCAACAGGUGAAGGAUGUGGACACAGGUUGACAACGACGAAUCAUUCACUGACACCUCAAAGUGAUUUGGAUUCCAGUAGCUCUGAAGAAUUCUAUCAAGCUGUUCAUCAUGCUGAGCAAUCAUUUAGGAAGAUGGAGAAUUAUUUAAAGCAACAGCAGCUCUGUGAUGUCAUCCUGAUUGUUGGGAAUCGAAAGAUACCUGCUCAUAGGCUUGUUCUGAGUUCUGUCUCUGACUAUUUUGCUGCCAUGUUUACAAGUGAUGUUUGUGAAGCCAAGCAAGAGGAGAUCAAGAUGGAAGGCAUAGACCCAAAUGCACUCUGGGAUCUUGUUCAAUUUGCAUAUACAGGUUGCUUGGAAUUGAAAGAAGAUACAAUUGAAAACCUUCUUUCAGCCGCGUGCCUUCUCCAGCUUCCUCAAGUAGUAGAAGUAUGUUGUCACUUCCUCAUGAAGCUUCUGCAUCCAUCAAACUGUUUAGGAAUCCGAGCAUUUGCAGAUGCUCAAGGAUGCAUUGAAUUAAUGAAAGUAGCCCACAGCUACACCAUGGAAAACAUAAUGGAAGUAAUCAGAAAUCAAGAGUUUUUACUCCUUCCAGCUGAAGAGCUCCAUAAACUACUGGCCAGUGAUGAUGUAAAUGUUCCCGAUGAAGAGACCAUCUUCCAUGCACUAAUGAUGUGGGUCAAGUAUGACAUGCAGCGGAGAUGCAGUGACCUAAGUAUGCUCCUUGCUUUCAUAAGAUUACCACUGCUUCCACCACAGAUACUUGCUGACCUUGAAAACCAUGCACUAUUUAAGAAUGAUUUGGAAUGUCAAAAACUGAUUCUGGAAGCAAUGAAAUACCAUCUAUUGCCAGAAAGAAGAACUUUAAUGCAAAGCCCAAGAACUAAGCCCAGAAAAUCUACAGUUGGAACUCUCUAUGCUGUUGGGGGAAUGGACAACAACAAAGGAGCUACAACCAUAGAGAAGUAUGACCUCAGAACGAAUCUCUGGAUCCAGGCAGGAAUGAUGAGUGGCAGGAGGCUUCAGUUUGGUGUGGCAGUUAUUGAUGAGAAGCUCUUUGUAAUUGGAGGUCGAGAUGGCUUAAAGACAUUGAACACUGUUGAAUGUUACAAUCCCAAAACCAAGACAUGGACCGUUUUACCUCCAAUGUCAACACAUAGACAUGGUCUAGGAGUAACUGUGCUUGAAGGGCCUAUUUAUGCAGUGGGAGGCCAUGACGGCUGGAGCUAUCUGAACACGGUGGAAAGGUGGGAUCCGCAGAGCCAGCAAUGGACAUAUGUAGCCAGUAUGUCCAUUGCUCGGAGCACUGUUGGAGUAGCAGCACUGAAUGGCAAGUUGUAUUCUGUUGGGGGUCGAGAUGGAAGUUCUUGUUUGAGCUCAAUGGAAUACUAUGAUCCUCACACAAAUAAGUGGAGCAUGUGUGCACCAAUGUGUAAGAGGAGAGGAGGUGUUGGAGUGGCCACCUGUGAUGGUUUCCUUUAUGCAGUGGGUGGUCAUGAUGCUCCUGCUUCAAAUCACUGUUCCCGGCUCCUGGACUAUGUGGAAAGGUAUGAUCCAAAAACAGACACAUGGACCAUGGUAGCUCCUUUGAGUAUGCCUAGAGAUGGUGUUGGUGUCUGUCUCCUUGGUGACAGACUAUAUGCUGUUGGUGGCUAUGAUGGGCAAACAUACCUCAACACCAUGGAAUCAUAUGAUCCACAAACUAAUGAGUGGACACAGAUGGCUUCCUUGAAUAUCGGCAGAGCAGGCGCCUGUGUGGUCGUCAUCAAGCAACCUUGACUAAUUUGUAUAAUGUUUGGAAGGAUUUUCUUUACUACUGUGCUUAUUUUAUAUUAGAUGGUAAGAAUGAGAAAGAACUUCCUGAGACAAAAACUUCUCAGGAACAGGAUUUUUAUAGAUUUAGCUGCUGGUGCCAAAAGCGGUAAAAGAUCAAACAGAAUAUAGAACAGAAAAAAACACAGACACAACAUCAGGCCAAGUGUUAGUUAGUUCAGGAAUGGUUACUGGUAAUGUUUUGUAAUGUAGCAUACAAUAACUAGAGCUACCAAAGGUUGGUUUCUCAGAAGAGACCCAUAUUUGUGAUAUAGAGAUUUCCUUAGUGACAGAUCACUCGCUUGUUUUUAUAAUCUGUGAGAACAUCCAAAAGGCUGCCAAGACUAGAAGUUAUAAUACUUCAUCUUGCAAAAUCUGAUUGAUUUGAUGUGUUCCUAAUCGGAUGUGAUGAUAUCAGGAAGUUUUAUUGGAACAAAUGUGCUUCUUCUCAUUUUCCUCAGCUAUGAAAACAAUUAGAGAGACAGAUGACUGUUUUUCUCUUGCAUUCAGAAAACAAACUGCCCUGCUAAUCAAGGCUGCAUAUUGUAUUCAAGAUGAUGCCUAGAUUUUAUUGCAACUGUGUCAUCCCUUGAAACUGGCAAACACAAAGGACUUUUCAUUAAGCUUCCCACAUCGCUUUGCACUGUCAACACACUGAGCCAAAGAGUCAGUAUGGCUGUGGGCAUUCACCUCAUGCAGAGUUCAGUAUAAGCAUGGAUGCUAGUUGUUCUGAAUGUUAAUAUACCCACUGCAUGCUCAAGUCCCUUAGAAGCUUGUCCUUUAAAACAAAACUUAGAAUUUCGAGACAAAAGUUUCCAAGUCAUCAAAUUGGGGUGAUUAUGAUAACUGCUAGAAGGAUGGCUGACUACAGAUUUUCAUUACUCAUUUUCAAACAUCUUACACUGAUAUAUACAUUAUUUUAAACCAAAUGUUUGUAAUUGUUUUAAAGAAGAAUGUGGAACUUUUAUGUAACAUCAUUAAUAUGCAUCCAUGUAAAUUAUAAGGAUAGUUAAUAAAUGAUAGAGCAUUUGCUUUUA